AUGCCAAUAAUGCCUUAGUAUUGGCUACAAAUACCAAUGCAACUAAUAGCAAAAAAACCAAAUUGUGUAGAACAAGACACACAUAAUUAGCAUAGUUAUUAUGGGGAGGGUUGAGUACUCCCCAUUGUUUGAGACAAGAAGGUGCAGAGGAAGGUUCAUCUACAGGUCCUUUGCAAUCUCAUUAUUUGUGGCCAUAUGCUUUAUAUGGCAUUACAGAUUUAGCCACAUAACAAAGGGUGAAGAUGGAAACUGGGCAUGGCUUGGUAUGCUUGCUUCAGAGCUGUGGUUUGGCUUUUACUGGGUCCUUACUCAAGCCCUUAGAUGGAACCUUGUGUUCAGACAACCCUUCAAAAACAGACUCUCUCAAAGAUAUGAGAAAAAGUUGCCAAGAGUGGACAUAUUUGUGUGCACAGCAGAUCCAGAUAUUGAGCCAGCAAUGAUGGUGAUUAACACAGUGCUAUCUGUUAUGGCUUAUGAUUAUCCAACUGAAAAAUUGAGUGUGUAUCUCUCUGAUGAUGCUGGAUCGCAAAUCACGUUCUAUGCUCUGCUAGAGGCUUCAAACUUUGCAAAACAUUGGGUCCCAUUCUGCAAGAGGUUCAAAGUGGAACCCAGGUCACCAUCUGCAUAUUUUAAAAGCUUAGUCUCAUCAGGUUACCCUACAGACCCAAGCCAAGCCAAAGAACUGGGAAAUAUUAAGAAAUUAUACGACGAAAUGGAAAAACGCAUUGAAGAUGCGACCAAAUUUGGUGAAGUAGCCAAAGAAGCACGUUUAAAGCAUAUGGGGUUUUCUCAGUGGGAUUCAUAUUCUUCUCGACGUGACCAUGACACAAUUCUUCAAAUACUACUUCAUAGAAAGGACCAUAAUAAUUCAAAAGAUGUAGAUGGGUUCGUUUUGCCAGCUCUGGUGUAUUUGGCCCGCGAGAAGAGACCCCAAUAUUUCCACAACUUCAAAGCUGGAGCUAUGAAUUCAUUGUUAAGGGUCUCUUCGAAUAUCAGCAAUGGGAAAAUAAUUCUAAAUGUAGACUGUGACAUGUACUCAAACAACUCACAAUCAGUGAGAGAUGCUCUCUGCUUUUUCAUGGAUGAAGAGAAAGGACAAGAAAUUGCCUAUGUGCAGUUUCCUCAGACUUUUGAGAAUGCCACUAAGAAUGAUUUAUAUGGGGGUAGUCUAACAUCAAUAUUAGAGGUGGAGUUCCCUGGGUUGGAUGGUUAUGGCGGUCCCUUGUAUGCAGGAACUGGUUGCUUUCACAAGAGAGAGUCUCUUUGUGGGAUGAAAUUCAGUGAUCAAUAUUGCAAUGACUGGAAUAGUGAAGAUGAUCAGUUUAAAGAAGCAAACCUGCAAGAACUAGAACAACAAUCAAAGGUUCUUGCAAGCUGCAACUAUGAGGAAAACACACUAUGGGGAAAAGAGAUGGGUUUAAAAUAUGGGUGUCCAGUGGAGGAUGUGAUAACAGGAUUGUCUAUACAGUGCCAAGGGUGGAAAUCAGUGUACUACAACCCACCAAGGAAGGCUUUCUUAGGUUUAGCUCCAACUACCUUGCCUCAAACACUUGUUCAGCACAAGAGAUGGUCUGAAGGAGACUUGCAAAUUUUGCUUUCUAAAUACAGCCCUGCAUGGUAUGGUUUUGGAAGGAUCAAUUUUGGGCUCCAAAUGGGAUAUAGUGUUUAUUGCUUAUGGGCACCUAAUUGUUUAGCAACACUAUACUAUUCUAUCAUCCCUUCACUGUACCUCCUUAAAGGCAUUCCCUUGUUUCCCAAGAUAUCAAGUCCAUGGUUCAUACCUUUUGCAUAUGUCAUUGUUGGGGAAACUACUUAUAGUUUAUUGGAGUUUUUCUUCUGUGGGGGCACAUUUCAAGGUUGGUGGAAUGACCAACGAAUAUGGCUAUACAAAAGAACAAGCUCUUACCUAUUUGCCUGCAUUGACACCAUUUUGAAGCUUUUUGGGUUCUCAGAAUCAACUUUUACAAUCACAACUAAGGUUACUGAAGAAGAUGCUUCUAAACGCCAUGAGAAAGAAAUAAUGGAGUUUGGAACCUCCUCUCCAAUGCUCACUGUAUUAGCCACUCUUGCAUUGCUCAAUUUAUUUUGUUUUCUUAGUGUAUUGAAGGAUGCAAUCCUAGGUGAAGGUGACAUUGGAGCUUAUGAGACAAUGGGGUUGCAAGUUCUAUUGUGUGGUUUUCUUGUUUUCAUCAAUUUGCCUAUAUACCAAGGACUUUUCUUAAGGAAGGACAAUGGAAGAUUGCCUAGCUCUAUUGCCAUCAAAUCAAUAGUAUUUGCUCUAGGAGUAUUCAUAUCCUUCAUCUUUACAUGACCACACAAUAAAGUGUGUUUAUUAGCACAUUAUUUAGUUUUGCCCUUGCCUGCUUCAGAGUUUUGUGACAAGAAAUUCUUAAGGUAAAACAUUAGUUUAAAAUCUUCAGAAUGGAACUCGAAUCCAUAUUGAAUAUAAUUAAUUAUGUAUGGCAUCAAUUUAAAUAA